AUGAUCGGUACAAGUUUGCGGAAAUUGUUUGAAUUUGUUGUGCAAAUAAUAUAUUCAUUAGAUUCAUUCUGUAUACACAACGGAACUCGGGAGGAAGGGAUAGGCGGUACCGAUCUAACCAGGAGAGGUCAACUCCGCCGACUGGCACCGCUUCGGGGAGGAAGUCCAUCAUCAUCAUCAUCAUCAUCACUUGAUGUACCAUUUGCUGUUAUUCCUGUUCUUUGUUUUUUUUUUUUUUCUUGA